GAGUUUACCGUAAUGCACAGUAUGAACAAUCUUUGUAGCGGCUGACUUGACUUCGUCUUUAACGUGUCCGAGGGUGGCCUGACCGAAGUUCCCGUUCUGCGACUUCUGGCGCCUCGUAACAUUUUGAACUUCAUUCAUGUGAGCAUCAAGGCGAGUUUGCAGAGUGCGCGAUGGCCGGCCCAGAGCUCCUGCUGGACUCCAGCAUCCGUUUGUGGGUAGUGCUGCCCAUUGUCUUCAUCACUUUCCUGGUGGGUGUCAUCCGCCAUUAUGUCACUCAACUGCUGCACACUGACAAGAAGGUGGACCUGGAGCAGGUUUCUGACAGUCAGGUACUCCUGCGCAGUCGCAUCCUCCGAGAAAACGGCAGAUAUAUCCCCAGACAGUCGUUCACAAUGAGGAAGCACUACUUUAACAAUGCUGAAACGGGCUUCUUCAAGAAGGUUAAGAGGAAAGUCGUCCCCAAAAACCCAAUGACAGAUACGAGCAUGCUGACAGACAUGAUGAAAGGAAACCUGACUAAUGUGCUGCCCAUGAUCGUGAUCGGCGGCUGGAUCAACUGGGCCUUCUCCGGAUUCGUCAUAACCAAGGUUCCGUUCCCGCUGACACUGCGGUUCAAACCAAUGUUGCAACGCGGCAUUGACCUGCUCACGUUGGAUGCGUCCUGGGUUAGUUCUGCCUCCUGGUACUUCCUUAACGUGUUUGGCCUGCGGAGCAUGUACAGCCUCAUCCUGGGACAAGACAAUGCUGCCGAUCAAUCGCGUGUCAUGCAGGACCAGAUGACGGGUGCCGCCAUGGCCAUGCCCCCAGACCCCAACAAGGCCUUUAAGAGCGAGUGGGAGGCGCUGGAGAUUGUGGAGCACAAGUGGGCGCUAGAGAACGUGGAAGAGGAGCUCAUGGCCCGAGAGCUCAACUUUGCAGAUGUCUUCAGCCAGGACUUGAAGUCCACUGUGUUUUAGAGGAAGGCGUUAGAACAGGGCUGGGCAAAGUGUCGCCUGGGGGCUCUCUUUCAUCUGGCUCACUGUUAUUUAUUUUGUAAAAAAAUAAAAUAAAAGUAUAAAAUAUAA